UUCGGCCUUGGUACCAAUAAUUCCAAGGAAUCUAGUCAGGUUUUGGACAGGGGGUGCUGGACCGGUGGGUUUCUUAGAAGAGAAAAGUCAACUAACAGAGAGAAAGAGAGGGUUCGUGUAGGUGGUGGGAGGAGUUAAAAAGGAAAAAGAAAAGGUGGAAGCAACAGAUUUAGAUUACAAAGCCAGAGUCAGACUGUCAAACUGUGUGUUUGUUUCAUGAUCAAUCUCGAGGGAAAGAAAAGACGGAGGGCAGUGCAGGGCAGGGCUGGCCAGGUUGUAUUCAGGGUUUAGGGAAAAGAUCAAUCAAAUAUAAAUAAAAUCUUGGGUGCUUCUUCUACAUUCAUACAUACAUACAUACAUACAUACAUUUCCAUCUCCCCUUUUUCUUAUCAAUUGCCAUUGUUGUUUGGCUUUUGCUGCCCAUCACCCGCCCAUCAUUUGAUGUUUUUGGCUCCAGUCAUAUCAUACCAUUCCCCCCCGCUCGCUGCCAAUCUUACUCUCAAGGUUUGUGAGACUUGUGCAACUGGGGCCAAUCUUUGUCCAUGUUUCUUGCCGCUAGGAUUCUUAAAUAGCGUUGUGCUGGGUAGAGAGUGAAGGUGAAGUAUGAGGGGGUGGAACAUCCCUAGACGUUAUUGGAUUGUCAUCUUGACUUUCGUUUGCACUUGUGUUUGUUAUAUAGAACGAGUGGGUUUCUCCAUUGCGUAUACUAUUGCAGCGGAUGCAGCUGGAGUGAACCAAUCCAGUAAAGGCACUAUACUUUCUACUUUCUAUUAUGGUUAUGCUUGUUCUCAGGUCCCUGGAGGCUGGGCUGCUCAGAAAUUUGGGGGAAGGAAGGUUCUCCUUCUCUCUUUUCUUUUGUGGUCAUCCACUUGUUUUUUGAUACCGCUCGAUCCUAAUCGGGUUGUCCUCUUGGUGGUGGCCCGCUUGCUUGUUGGUGUUGCACAAGGGUUCAUCUUUCCCUCCAUCCACACUGUCCUGGCACAAUGGGUUCCUCCCCAUGAAAGGUCUAGAUCCGUGUCGCUUACAACUUCUGGAAUGUACCUAGGUGCAGCUAUGGGGAUGCUCGUGCUUCCGAGUCUGGUGAAAUUCAAGGGCCCUCAAUCUGUUUUUCUCGCUGAAGCAAUAUUAGGCCUUUCAUGGUCUGUGCUUUGGCUUCGAUUUGCAAGUGACCCUCCUCGUUCUGAGCAUCCAAAGGCCACUGCUGCUGGUUUUGGGGAAUCUUUACUGCCACUCAAAGCUAGUCAAAAGGCAAAAAUGGAGAAUGGAGGAACUGCUGUUAGAACAGCCAGAAUUCCAUGGAAGAGAAUUUUUGUCAGCUUACCAAUUUGGGCAAUUGUGGUGAAUAAUUUUACGUUCCAUUAUGCUUUGUAUGUGCUGAUGAACUGGCUGCCAACAUACUUUGAGCAGGGCCUCCAGCUGAGUCUUCAGGAAAUGGGUUCUUCAAAGAUGAUGCCUUACUUCAACAUGUUCAUAUUCUCAAAUAUAGGCGGAGUGGUGGCUGACCACUUGAUCACAAAGAGAAUUUUAUCUGUGACGAGAACCCGGAAGCUCUUGAACACUGUAGGAUUUUUAGUUGCUUCUCUUGCUUUGAUAGCACUUCCUAUCUUUAGAACUUCCAGUGGGGCUGUCUUCUGCUCUUCUGUGGCGCUUGGCUUUUUGGCACUGGGAAGAGCUGGGUUUGCAGUGAAUCAUAUGGAUAUUGCUCCAAGAUAUGCAGGAAUAGUAAUGGGGGUUUCUAACACAGCUGGCACUCUAGCUGGAAUUAUUGGGGUUGAUCUAACUGGCAAAAUUCUCGAAGCUGCUACCACCACGUACUCAGAUCUUUCUAGUCCAGAAAGCUGGAGAUCUGUAUUUGUCAUACCUGGUUUGCUCUGCAUUUUUAGUACUUUCGUGUUUUUGUUGUUUUCAACUGGAGAGAGGAUUUUUGACUGAGGUAAGCCGCGCAUUGCUUGGAAUAUGGUCAUCUAAUAGAGAACUGAACAUAUAAAUUUCUUCUUGAGGCCCUCUGCCUCCUGUUCCAACAUACCACCUCUCUGGAAGGGUGUGUAUUAGUGAACAUCUAGAGUUGUCGAUAUAGAGUGGACAGCUUCAAGGAAUCCAUUUUUUUUAUUAGUCAGAGUGAAUUGCUAGAGGCUUAUAUGCCCAUUUUUCUAAAACACCAUGCUAGAGCAGUAUUAAUUUUUUUUUGGAAAGUCUCGUCACUUCCUUUGAGAGGCGGUACAUAAUUUGCUCUUCGCAAGUCAAAAAUGGUACUGUACUGUUGCGAAGCUGUGUAAUUUAAUGAAGAGACAUGUUUAUUACCUUGCUAGGCAUGAAUGAACGUUGUAUCCUAGAUGCUAUAAUAAGACCUUUUGUUCUCCUUGAA